UAUUAAUGCAAGAGUUCAUUGUUCUUAAAGUCUUAAACUUCUAAUCAUAUUUUUAUACUUAUAAGUUAUAUUCCAGUUAAUUUGUCACGGAAAAAGAACCAUAUUUGAUAAAAUAGAACUUUAUUACUCUGUACUCAUCAUUGUACUACUGUUUCGAUGUCACUAAUAGAAUAAAUUAUGAUAGGAUAAUUAUAACAUAAAGAAAUUGCUAGUAUUUAAGUUAUGGAACUAAAAGUUUGGGUCGAAGGCAUACAGCGUGUUGUUUGUGGUGUUACAGAAUCAACAACUUGUCAAGAUGUUGUAUAUGCGUUGGCUCAUGCUACUGGUAAGACUGGACGGUUUACAUUAAUCGAGCGUUGGCGUAACAAUGAGCGACUUUUGGCACCACAAGAUCAUCCAGUAACUGUAUUGAUGAAAUGGGGAGAAUACGCCAAUGAUGUACAGUUUAUAUUACAACGUUCUGGCAAUGUUUCAUCAAACAAUAAUACAGUGAAUAAUCUAAAGCUUAGUGAAUCUGAUGCUGUACCUUAUUUUGCUCAAGAACGUAAUAGAGACACUAGAAAAUCAUUGAUAUUUAGUAAUAUUGGUAAUCGUUUACCCGAUAAUGUAGGAGUUGUGCGAGGAAUUCCUCAAAGACCAAACACAUUGCUGACACCUGGAGCCACAGCGCCAUUAACAGUUGUUUCAUCAUCAACUACUGGUGAUGGUUCAUCUACUUCGCCAAUAAAUACUUCUAGUCAUUUGAAUAAAGAGCAAACAUCUACACCAAUAAAUAGUAGUAUUUUACAAACUUCUGGCAGUCCAAGUAAAAAAUAUGACAGUCCAAAUGUUCGACCGCCAACAGCUAGAGCAUUACCCCCGUACAGAGAGCCACCUCCACCUUCUGUCAGUCCAGCUAGAAUAUCUCCUACAACAGUGUGUAGUGAUCGAUUAAAACAACCAAUAUUUAAGGAAUACCAAAAUGAAAAUAAUGGCAACAGUUCUAAUGUGAUGUACAACCCACAGUAUAAAGAUCUUGUUAGACUUAUAAAUUAUCAAAGAGAUAAAUUGUCCAUACAACAAGCUGAGCUAACCAAGUAUGAUGCAGAAAUAAUGUAUUGGGAAGGAAAAACUAAAGAGCAACAACAUCAAAUGGAUUUUAUGGCCCAAGAAGCUGCACGUAUUGAAGCAACUGGUCGUCAUACAGAAGAACAGUUAAGACUUUUUGGCCAAGUCGAAGAAGAAAAUGAUAUUGUUAGACAACAAGAAAAAACAUUAAAAUCUGAAAUGACAUUAUUAAGAUCUAAAUUAGCUAAUUGUGAAACUGAGUUACUGGUUUGUAAAAAUAAGAUACGACUUUUAAUGGAAGAAGUAGAAAUGGAACAAAAAAUGUUGUCGCGAGAUUUAGAAGAGAAACGCAGAGCUGAACGUGGUAUAAUGAAAGAAGUAGAUAGACUGCAAACUGAAGUUGAACGAGCUAAACAAGAAACAGAAAUGGCUGCUCAAGUUGGAGAUGGUUUACGAAAAGAAGUUGCCAUUUUAGAAACAACUAUAGCUGAGAAAAAAAGACAGGUUGAUAAACUUGUUACAGAUAUGAAGGAAGCAAAUUUGCAAUCAUUAGCGAUUUCACCACCAGAUGAGUUAAAGUUUAUUCUUGAAGGGGCUCAAAGACCAGGAAGUACUCGUAAGAUGAUAGGAUCACCAAGACAGCUUGAAAAUGCUGCACCAACGAGCAAAAAUCCACAUGGAGUUUGGGUUUAGCUUCUUUGUUACCUAUCAAAAUCUCUAGUAAUUUAUAUAAUUUUAUUUUUUUAAUUAUUUGAUAAUUUCACAAAAUUUUAGUUGUUUUUGUGUGCUAUAAUACAAAUUUGGAUUAUAUAUAAAUUAUUAUAUAAUUUGUUGUAUUGAUAAUCAUUUAUGGUAAUUUUUUAUCGCUGCACAUCACUUGCACUUUUUUUCAUAUUUUUCUUUUACCAAAAAUUAAAAUACUUUUUUAAUUUGAUCUCUGUAUAAUGUACUAUAAUUAUUAAGUUCUACUCACCAGUUUUUUUUAUUAAUUCAGCUCAUAUAAUUAUAGGUAUGUUGAUUUUUUUUAAUGUAACCAAACAAAUUUAUUCGAGCAAAAAAUUAUUUAUUUGUAUUUUAAUUUAUCACAUCACAGUUCACAGUAAUCAUUUUGUUUCAGUUAUCUUUUCACCGCAAUCUGCAUGCCCACUUUUUUUUAUUAAAUUUAUACUCGAGUUAUCAUAUUGAGGAAUGUCUACUUGUUUUAUUUUAAAAAUAAACUUAAUUGUACAUUAAAGCAUAUAAUUUGAAAUACUUAUUACAAUGUAUACAUUGUUAGUGCCACUGAAAAUUGAAAUACAAUUUUUAUAGCAUACUUAGUAUUUAUUGAAAAUGCACACUGACAUUAGU